CCUUCAAUGCCCCCCAUACUAUACAGUUUUGGACAUAUCCCGUCCUCAUCACUUGUAUUAAAUCUCCUGUCCAGUUGCCAUCUAUCUUCUUACCUCGCUGCCUUCCUUAUCAAUCAUAUCCUAACCAACUCACCUCAACACUUCAGAUAAUUCCAACACAACAAUGGAAAUAGGUGGAAGCGAGGAGGUGAGGACAUGGGAAGGGUACGUAGAUUGGAGAAAUAGAGCAGCUCUCCGAGCCAAACAUGGCGGCUUCCUGGCUGCCUCUUUCGUCUUGGUUGUUGAGGUGUUGGAGAACUUGGCAUACUUGGCGAACGCAAGCAAUUUGGUGUUGUACCUGUCGCAUCAAAUGCAUUUCUCUCCUUCGCAAUCUGCCAACUCCGUCACUAAUUUCAUGGGCACGGCCUUCAUGCUCGCCCUCCUUGGGGGCUUUUUCUCGGACGCUUUCUUCACUCCCUAUCACGUCUAUGUCUUUGCUGCCCUCCUCGAGUUUUUGGGAUUAGGUGUGCUAACAAUCCAGGCUUUCUCAACUAAACUAAAGCCACCACGAUCAUGUGUCUCGGGGUGUGAGCCAGUCCAUGGUACACAAGCGGCAGUGUUAUUUACGGGCUUAUACCUAGUGGCAUUGGGCGUGGGCGGCAUCAAGGGAUCCUUACCAGCCCACGGGGCGGAGCAGUUUGAUCAAGACAGCCCUCAAGGGAGAAAGCAGAGGUCAACUUUUUUCAACUACUUUGUCUUUUCCCUCGCAUCAGGUGCUCUCAUAGCAGUCACUCUUGUGGUUUGGGUUGAAGACAACAAAGGGUGGCAAUGGGGGUUCGGAAUAUCCACCUUUGCCAUCCUCCUCUCCAUUCCAGUUUUCCUUUCUGGUUCCAUGUUUUACCGGAACAAGAUCCCAUCUGGAAGUCCUCUCACCACCAUAUCUAAGGUUCUUGUUGCAGCCAUUUUGAAUACAGGUGGUUCAAGAAAUUUAAGAAACGCAGUCGCAAGCAUGCCAACAAGCUCUUCUCCAGUAACACAUAGAGAAAAAGGAGAAGUUUUUAAUAUGGCCGAAAGCACAAACGAUGAGCAGCAGUCAGUUGAUUUCCCAUUAUCAGAGAGUCUGAGGUUUCUCAACAGGGCAGUUUUAAGCAGAGGAGCAGAAUGCUCAGUGCAAGAAGUGGAGGAAGUAAAAGUGGUGAUAAAAACCUUGCCAGUUUUUGCAUGCACAAUCAUGAUCAGCUGUUGCCUCGCACAACUCUCAACCUUCUCAGUCCACCAAGCGUCCACAAUGAACACGAAGCUCGGGUCCAUGAAAGUCCCGCCUGCUUCACUCCCAUUUUUCCCUGUGGUCUUUAUCAUGAUUCUUGCACCAGUCUACGAUCACAUCAUAAUCCCAUGCAUGCGAAAAAUGACCAAGACGGAGAUGGGGAUAUCUCACCUCCAGCGCAUAGGGAUUGGGUUGUUU